UAUCCCUAUACUGCUGUGAGCCUCAGCCUGAGACAGUGAUAAAUAUAGGCGCAGUUUGAGAGGUUGCUGAAGAUCUGGAUUGUGUACUACAUUUUUUGUACUUUGAUUUUUUUACUUUCCACUAUAAACUUCAUCUUCAAUGAGCACACUUCCAAAUCCACCAUGCCGAAGUACACCAUCUUCAUCAUAUCGCCCUGGCUUUAGAUUGAAACAAACACCAAUUGACAAAUGGUCUAUUCGAGAAAAAUUGGCUCUUGCUUCUUCGGUCCAUCGAUCUGGGGAUCAAAACUGGUAUUCGGUUUCUCGAUCACUUAAAUGUUUUGGUGAACCUAAUAGGCCCACAGAUUGGUUUUCGCAGAAAAAUUGCGCUCUUCAGUAUUCAGAAUUGUUGGAAAAUGUUGAAACUCCAAAACGCAAACGAGGAGAACGAGGAGAAAAUACGGCUCAAGACUUAAUCGUAUUGGAACUUACACAAAAGCGUAUUGACGAAUUAAAAGAAUUGUUAAUUAAAGAGAAGAAAGAGUGUAUCGAUUUGCGAGAUGAAUUGGAUCUGUUUAAAUCUGGCAAAGCGGGUCCAGAUAAGUUCAAAGAAGUAUUUGAAAGGAUGCAGAAAGAAGAAAAGAACAAAGAGAUUGAGAAAGAAGAACACGAGAAAUGGCUCGUAGAAAGGGAGGCUAAGAUAGCUCAAAUGAAGGCUAAUCGACAUUUGGUUAUGAUAAGAUCGCCUAAGUCCACAAAAUCAAAUCCAGCAGCAUCACCGAAUGAAAAUGAAACCAAAGCUAAAUCCGAGUUUUCAGAUAUUCCUGAAAAGACAUCUUUACCUGAGCCAUUGACUGUUAAAAUUGAACCUCCUUCAACGGAUACCGAGAAUUCCCAAUCUACUACACCUACUCAAACUCCUACUACAACAUCGCAGCAAAUUCCAUUAACUCAGCAAUUACCACAGCAACAAACGCAGGCACAACCUCAACCACAGCCGCAACCACAACUGCAACCGCAACCGCAAACGCAAGCACAAAUUCAACCACAACCGCAGCCACAGCCACCAAUUCAAAUACAAACACAAGCUCAAACUCCUCAAUCACAACAAACACCUCAAACGCCAGAAAAGACAAAAGUCAUGCCCUCACCCGUUGUCUCUUCGCCAUCAACAUCACCUUUACUUACUCAUCUCCUACAAAGUCCAUCUCCAUCAGCUAAUGUAGCUGUGCCGUAUAAUAUUCUAUCUCCGUCUACUGUAAAGGAUAUGCAGCAGAGAACACCUCCAUCAACUACUCACGGUCAUUUCUUCCCAUCCAGUUCCAUUACAUCUCCAACUUUACCUAGGACACCCGCAACUUCAUUAUCUGCAUCAAAUCAAUCUACGGAAACAAUUGCUGUUGAAAACAAAACUAUCGGUAAAGAAACAUCCGAACCAUCUUCAAUUCAAGCGAGAGACUUGUCAUCUCCACCAGCCGUUUCAUCUUCUCCAACUCUUACCAAACUAUUAGAGACAACUUCAACCACAUCUAUAAAAGCUGUUUCAUCGCCUUCAAGGGAAACCGAUCAAACGGAAACUACCAUUCAAGAUGUUGAAAUGGUUGAAGUUAAAGAAAAUGUUCCUGAAGUGCUUACUAAUACUGCUAAUACUGUUGAACAAACAGAAACAAAUGUAACGAAUAAGGUUGAGCCAAGUGAAGAGUCUGUGAUAGAAACUCAAAGCACAGAUGAAGCUAAACCAGCUGAAUCUGAGCAAUUAACCAAAAAUGAUGCUGAUGUUGUUACAAUUUCAGAUACGAGCGAAGAAAAUACAUCAGCUGUAACUGUUGUAGAUGCGAAAAUUCCAACUGUAACAUUAGAUGCUACUAUUUCUACUGUAGUGAAAGCGGCUGUUGAUAAAUCUAUAACUUCCAGCGAUCAAAUAACGACUGAAAUAAAGCAAGAGCUGAUAGAAUCUAAAGAGUCGAAAGAUGAAAGCUCGAACAAAAUUGAUAUUAAGAGCGUUAAAGUUGAAGACAAAUCAGAAUCAGAUGAUAAUCCUCCAGCCACGCCAGCGAAAUCUGUACCUCCAGUUUCGAUAAGCUCUGCGACAGCCUCACGUAAACGAAAACGAACCUCAGUUCAAGUUGCUGCAACACCUCCAACAGCGCCUACCAGGCGAUCAGUUCGUGUUCGGACAAAUAAAGAUAAAACUAGUUCUGAAGAAGAACAAGCGCCAAUUGAUGAACAGAGCUCAACUACUACUGCAUCAACUACUUCAUCAAUUACAAUUACAACCUCUGUGUCAUCCUCGGUUGUAACCACUGAUUCAGUUUCUACACCUACUAGCGUUAAAAAAGCUCCUAUCAUAUCAUCUUCGGUUCUUCCACCACCACCACCACCACAAACUGUUAGCGCAGAAACAUCUGCCGGAGAAGAAUCAUCUGACAAUACAAACAUUUCCCUUGUACCAACUUUAAUUAAGGUUCCAACUUCUGCUCCUACAACAGCACCCACUAGUAAAGCAUCUUCUGUGACUGAAUCAGCCCCUAACAGUCCUGCAUCGGCUAUUUUGACGAGUGAAGAAAUUGAGAAUCAAAAAGAGAGCAAAAUGUGGAAAAAAUCAAUCAUGCUUUUAUGGAGACAGGCAACAACUCACAAAUUUUCAACUCUAUUUGCUCAUCCAGUCACCGAUAGUGAAGCAAAAGGAUAUUCAACCGUUGUAUAUAGACCUAUGGACUUAUGCACGAUCAGGAAAAAGAUUGAAAACGGUCAAAUAAAAACGACUGCAGAGUUCCAGCGAGAUAUGAUGUUAAUGUUCCAAAAUGCCAUUAUGUAUAACAGUGCUGAUCAUGAUGUUCAUCAAAUGGCUGUAGAGAUGCAAAAAGAAAUCCUUGAAGGGAUCGAAGAUUUUAUAGAAACUCAGCAAAAGUCAACAUCAACAACGAAUGAGCCAACUAAACCAAGAGGACGUCGCAGUAAUAUUUCAACAUCUUCAGAUGCUCAUGAUCCCGAAUCAGCAGAGCUCAGAAGACGUAAGCGAGCCUCCACGGACACAGAACCAGUAUCAACACCAUCAUCUAGCAAAUCGAAAACGAAAAAGAAAAAUCCUAACUGAAACAUUGCUUUCAUUUCCAGCCAUCAACUUUCAUCCUAAUAUUAAUUUCCUUUCCUUUUUCCCCUUCACUUUCGUUCCAGUGAUAUGUAACUAAUUAAAAUCAAAUUGCUAUAUUCUCAAGAAA